AUGGCCCAGUCAAGUCACAGACUUUGUCAAAACUGGAGACGCAAGAAUCCCAAGGGUUCUAUGGCUCCGAUGAUUGAGUUGUGCGAUGGUCGGCUCUAUGACCAGCUCGACAUAGCGACACUGCCGGCAAGAGACAUGGUCAUCCUUUGUGACUCUCAGGUUGACUCGAGGCCUGGCGCGUCUGGAUGA